AUGAUUUUAUNUAGAAGUAAUUAAUUAUUUUAAAAUUAUUAGGAUCUAUAUUAAGAUAGUAAGACCUUUAAAUUACACUUGAAAAUCUUUAAAGAGAUAAUUUAAGUCUUUAAUAGAAAGUCAAUGCUUUAUCUAAUGAAAAUAACAGGAAAUAAAGAGAAUUGAAUGAUAAAAAUGAUGAAUUCUUAAAUCUUAAGAGAAAAUAUGAUGAAACUAUUUAAAAUUUGGACAGAUUAGAAAAAAGAUGGGGUGAAAAGAUAGAUUAACAUAGGAGAAUUUGA